GGUGGGUCUUCACGUUGUUGGUAGUUGUAAAUAGACUAGUCGUUCUAAAAUGCUGUCUUCUUCCUUAUUAGCUGCUGGUUUUAAUUUAUGAAAAGCAACACACAGACGUAAAAUGUGGAUACUGACACCGCUGCAACCUGGAGGUGAGACCCACUAUCUCCUCUCCAGUAAAGAGUACGUGGUAGGGCGCAAGAACUGUGACAUCCUCCUUGUCAAUGACCAGUCCAUCAGCAGGGCUCACGCUUGCCUCACUGCUACUGACCAGACCCUCACAUUGAAAGACACUUCCAAGUAUGGCACUUUUGUCAACGGCCAGCGUGUGACAGAGAACUCACCAGUGAACCUGAAGCCAGGGGACAAUAUAACAUUUGGGGCUUUUUACAGUAAAUUCAGUGUGGACCUUCAGAAGCCAGUGGUGUGUUCGUCAUGUUUGGAUAACGAUGGCAAGGCGUCACUGUCUCAGGCCCUGCUGGCUUUGGGUGGAAAGCUGGUCAACACAUGGACUCAGGACUGCACCCACCUGGCUAUGCCCUCUGUUAAAGUCACUAUCAAGACUAUUUCUGCUCUGCUGUGCUGUCGUCCCAUCGUGAAGCCGGAGUUCUUCUCAGAGCUCAAACAAGCUGUUCAGCAAAAACUGCCACCUCCUAAAGCUGAGAGUUUCAUCCCUGAGAUUGAUGAGCCCAGCUUGAAUAAAGAGGACGUCAACCUUGGAGUGGUUCCAGUUCGCAAACAUCUGUUCUCUGAAAAGAACUUCAUAUUCCUCAGUGCCAAACAGCUGAAGCGUCUGAGUGCAGCAGUGAGUUUUGGAAGUGGUAGGAGCCAUCUGCUGGAGGAGGGCUCCCUGCCCCGGGACCUGCUGGAGUCUCCACAGAGCUGUGUGGUCGAUGUUAUAACAGGCAGCUCCCAAACUCUGCUUCCUUCCUCUACCACAGAGUGGGCAAACUCUGUGAAGAACAUUGUUCAAAGAAAAGGCUUUCGAGUCAUCCCAGAGUCUGAAAUUGGUUUGGCUGCCAUCUUUGCUUCCUGUGACAAGUACUGCAAUCCAUCCAAUCUAACUCCAGACUCAGAGUCAGUACCAAAAGUGAAACCCAAAAUCCCGAGUGCUUCGCUGUCACAGAGCGUGACGGUGGAUGAGACUGUUUUACCUGCCACAUCUCAAAACAUCACUGCAUACGCAAUGAACACAGAGCCAUCAGAGAGAUCAGAGCUACAUGGGGUGAUGGGGGUGACGGCGGUAGGAGAAACUCCUGAGAAGAAGCAAAACCGGAGCACCAUUCAGCAUCAUGGAUCCAAAGUCAUAGCUGAGACGGCUUCCGCUCAGUGCAUCGUGGCUGACACAAUGAGCUCAGCGUUCAACACUGUUGACAGCACAGACUCGCAGAGGAAGAAGCCUGAGUCUAAACUGACAGGUGAAGGGAGUAGUGGUAUUAGGUCCCAGCCCUCCAUUCCUAGGACCAAUGGUGGCGUGAAGACAUUCUUUCAGAAACAAUCUCCUCAGAAGCCAAAAAUUCCUGCACAAGGUUCCCCACAGAAACAGUCAACUCUUACAAAUUUCUUUCAGCCAGUCAACAAAAAAAGGCCAUUGGACGAUGAGUUCUCCACCGUUAUGUCAGAGCCAAAGCGGCCUGUGCUAGCAUCAUCCCUUAGCAGGGUACAGGCGCCAAACACUUCACCCACGUCUAAAGAAACAUGUUCUGACGGAGUCCCUGCAGCCACAUCCCAGACUCCAAUGGGAUCAAAAGCUGACCUGUUCACAGGAUGGUCAGAGGCUCCGGCACACGGGGUCCCCCACGCUGCCCAGGAGGAGCUACGGAGUAGAAAGAGAAAGGAGAUGGAAGCAGAGAUACAGAUGGAAGAAUUAGAAUCUAUCAUGUCUGAAGAUAUGGAUUUCUUUGAUGAGCAACCCUCUGUUCAUAAAGGCCAGCAAGCACAGCUAAGAGGGCAAAGUUCAGCUGAACAGAAAUAUAGUUUAAAUACAGUGGAGGCUUCAUCUUCAAGCAAGAGGCAGCGUAUUUAUGUAGAAGAAAAUGGAACCAACAAAAGGCUGCUGGCAGGCCUGGAAAGUGCCCAUAAGAACCAGAGCCAAAAAUCUGAACAGCAUAUUAUCUCCAUCAAGACAGAACAGGUUCAUCCUUCAGAAUACAGCACAAGUAAUCACGAGUCCAGCAAACCUCCAAAUAUGUCAUCUGCCAUUAAAAGUGACAACAUACAGCAUUUUAAAGAUGAGGCAUCUUUCAUUGAGGACUUAGAUCUACUCCAGGGAGAUGUUUGCCAGCCUGAAGAAGAGACAAAGACCCCUGUGAAACCAGUUAUGAUCAAACAGGAGGUCCAGGAAUCCAGGAUUGAUGAAGACCUUCCUAAAAAGCUGGUGUUAGUGGAGUUUCGAUCUCUCACUGUGACCGCACCUCCCAAAACCAAACCAAAGCAGAUGCCGGGCAACAGCUACACAAAGAAUUUCAAAUGUUUCCGCAAGAGCCAAGUGCCAGGUGCAGAAGGCUCACACCAUAUCAUUAGAGGGUCUGAUCUGUUGGUUCACAACAGGGGCAAGAACUCUCAUCUGGAUGAAUGGCUGAAAGAUGCAGCUGAGGAGGAACGUCAGAGCAGAAGGGAUGAGACUGUGGGAGACAACCUCUUCAGGUACAACCCCACCAAACUAACCAAGAGAAGAUGAGAUGCCUACAUCUUGAAGUCCUCCAAUGGGAAUUAAUUUCAAAGACACAGGAAAUACUGCAAUACUCCAUCAAGACCAUAUGAAAAGGACUCGAGAAAUAACUUCAUAAAUAACUCCUGUUGUCUCUAUCUGUAUUUCAGCUAUAAUUAUGAUAGAUGCAACAUAGAGUUAACGCUUCAUAUCCGCUAAAAUUUUCAGAAAUGUUUACCAGUGUUCUCUUCUUCCUGUUCUACCUUUCUAUAAAUGUCUGUAUGUUCUCUGCUCUACUGACAGCAAGCAAUGUAACAAAAGAGCCUUAUGUUUAGAUAUUUUUCUGUUUUUAUUUGUCAAUAAUAAAAAAUAUGGCAUACAAAACAUUAAAAACUCUUCAGUACAAGAGAGCAUUAAAACUCUACAUGCUGAAAGCAGCUUUUCCUUCGUUUUGAAGUUAAGACCAAAUGUGUUCCCUGGUUUUUAGCUGAACUAGAAACUUGAGAGGGAUUCAAGUGUUACCGUUUCUUUAACGAUUUCUGAUGAGUCAACCCUUCAGGCACUUUUACAGAUCUGAAACUGUUCAGAUAAGCAGUCGUCAUGCCAAACAUCCACAUGUCCCUUCAUAUUCACAGCAAGUGCCAUGUACAAGUUGAGAGUUAACUCAGCAUUAAGCAUAAAUUGUGCAGUAAUAAAAUCUGUUUCUUUCAUGAGCAGCAGAGUGGCCAAGAGAAGUUAGGAGACUGACCUUGAAACAGUUGGUUUCUCUAAAUUGCAAUUAUUUUGCUUACUACUUAACUACCUACUUGCAAGUUGCUUUCUAAAAUCAAUACACGUCUGUAUUAAAAUGGAAAA